UGCUGCUCGUGCGCGGCGUGGGGACGCAGCCCGGCCUGCGCGGUGUCUAUGUGCCUGUGGAAGGGCGGGAGUUGUCCAUGGAGUAGGUCACACUCCGGAAUCCGGACGAAGAAAUUUGGGGGAAAUUAAAAAUCAGACUGUCCCGCCAUGAGAGUUCAAGAGGAUUGCGAACACGGGCAAAACUGUGCGAAUCAGAUGCUGCUUAACCAGCUGAGGGAGAUCACUGGCAUUCAAGACCUCCAGAUUCUCCAGCGUGUCCUUAAUGAAAGUCAGGGGGACAUUAGCCAUGCUGUGGGGCUUCUCACCACACAAACAGCAGAGGAGCAAGUACCUAAGGAAGCUCCACCUGCAGAGCAUCACAGAGAAUCUUCUGUUCAACACAGCAAUGCAGCUAACGAUGAACUGCAGGCCGCCAUUGAACUCAGUCUUCAGGAGUCUCAGCGGGCCGAGGCAGAGGACAGAGAGCUCCACAAGGCUCUGGAGGCCAGUGCUGAGGAGAAUGCAGCCUGUGUGAAGAGGAAGAGGAACGAGGCAUCAGGGGAUAUGAGCAGUCCUGCAGACUGGAUCAGGCAGGAGGGAUGGCCUGUGGGCAUCCGCAAUGUAGGAAAUACAUGCUGGUUCAGUGCAGUCAUCCAGUCUCUGUUCCAUCUGCCGGUGUUUCGCAGACUGGUGCUCAAUUACUGCCUGUCUGAGCGCGUGCUGGAGAAAUGCAAGAGCCACUCUGAGAAGAGAAACAUAGCAUUCAUGCAGGAGUUGCGAUGCCUCUUUGCCUUAAUGCUGGGCUCCAAUCGCAGGUUUGUGGACCCCUCCGCAGCUGUGGAGCUGCUCAGGGAUGCUUUUAGGACCAGCGAGGCACAGCAGGAUGUUAGUGAGUUCACACACAAGCUGCUCGACUGGCUCGAGGACGCCUUCCAGCUGGCAGCUAAUGGCAGUAAUCCAGAAGACAAACAGGACAACCCAAUGGUUCAGCUUUUCUAUGGGACAUUUGUAGCUCAGAGAGUUUAUGAGGGUAAGAUCCUGUCCACCAUUGAGCAGUUUGGACAGUACCCACUGCAGGUAAAUGGGUUCAACAAUUUGGACGAGUGCCUGGAGGGUGCGAUGGUAGCAGCAGAGAUCGAAUCUCUACAAUGUGAUCAAACUGUGUCACCUGGACAGGAGCGAUGGUUCUCGAAGCUGCCACCAGUGUUGACUUUCGAACUCUCUAGAUUUGAGUUCAAUCAGUCUUUAGGACGACCAGAAAAGAUACACAAAAAGCUGGAGUUCCCCCAGAUUAUCUACAUGGACAGGUACCUUCACAGAAAUGUUGAACAGACACAUGGAAGAAGAGGAGAGGUAAAAAGGCUCAAGGACCAGUUAACAGUUCUUCAGCAGAAGCUUGAAAGCUAUAAAAACUAUGGUUCCGGGCCGAACAAAUACCCGCUGGCAGACAUGCUGCAGUAUGUUUUGGAGUUCGCCACCUCAAAACAGACAAAUGCAAGCACGGUGGCCACCUCAUUCGGACCUGCAAGCAUCCCUGCACACACAGAACCCAGCUCAGAACACUCCAGCCAAACAGAAGCAGAUGAUGCAGGCUCAUCAGAUGAUUUAGGCUGCACACAGAGUUCUAACCAGAGGACACCCAUCCACAAGCCCUUCACCCAGUGUAGACCCCCUGCUGAUUGGCCUCAGCACCCAGUGCCCAGCAGCGUGAGCGAGGAGGAGCUACACUUUGUCAGGGGCUGCCUGCAGCGCUGGAGAGCCGAAGCGGAGAACAGCAUCAACGAGCUCAAGGCCAGCAUUGACAAGGUCAGCCAGGCUCUGGAGGGGAUGUACUCAGAUAACAGUCUGUGUCAGGUACCGUAUAGGCUACAUGCAGUUCUUGUUCAUGAGGGACAGGCAUCUGCUGGUCAUUACUGGGCCUACAUCUACGAUCACUCUCAUAAACGCUGGCUCAAGUACAAUGAUGUGAUGGUGACCGAGUCGUCCUGGGAGGAGCUGGUGCGGGACUCUUAUGGCGGAAUGACCAAUGCCAGUGCUUACUGCCUCAUGUACAUUAAUGACGGACUGCCACACCUCAUAGCAGAGGACACAGACAACGAGACAGGACAGGUUUUGCAAGGCAUGGACUCCCUUCCACCCGUACUCAAACGCUACGUCCGUGAGGACAACCGUUGGUUCCAGCAGCAACUGAGGGAAUGGGAGGAGCAAUUCCAUCAUGCGCCUCAGGAAGAGCCCCAGGUUCCCACAGUGCAGCCUAACGCUAGCAACGAGGAGACCAUUCCUGAACCAGAGCAUCCAAAUCCAGAACCAGAUCAAAAAGACAGCCAUGAGAACCCUGAAGUGACGACCACAGAGGCAGAACAGGAGCCGGUCCAGGAUUCAGAAGAGGCCACAACCAGCAUGGCAGCUCUUGAUUUGUCACCAGAGAGCAAUGAGGGGGUAAAGGAGGGUACUGAGGAUGCCACCUCUCCCAGUCCGACCGACAGCCAGCUGGAUGAGAGUCAGAGUCCUGCAUCACCAUCACAUAAGGAAGAAGAAGAGACAGCAGAAGCAGAGGCUGAGAUUAACCAGACUGUAAGUGAGCAGACAGAAACGGAAGCAGUGUCAGACCCACAACCUGAGGCUGAAGAGCCUGAAGAAGCUGAAGCACAGACUUCAUCAGCGGAGGAUACCCAAGCCGAGGCCGCACAACCAGAGAACGAGGUUUCGGUGGUAGAGAUCCCUAAUGUGGGCAAGAUCUUGGUGCUCUCUGAUGCAGAUGGAUAUAACGAAGAGAUGAUGCUUACUCCAGCCAUGCAGGGUGUUAUUCUAGCCAUAGCUAAAGCCAGAGAUGUCUUUGACAAGGAAGGUCCUGAAGCAGGGCUUAUUACGGCAUUUCGAGAGGAGUACUCCAGACUGUAUGCGUUGUCUCAGGAGGAGAUCACCCCCCAGCAGGACCCUCGCCUUCAGCAUGUGCUGGUCUAUUUGUUCCAGAAUAAAGCUCCUGACCGCAUAAUUGAGAGAACUCUACUGGAGCAGUUUGGUGACCGAAACUUGAGUUUUGAUGAUAGGUCUAUCAGUAUCAUGAGAGAGGCCAGAAACAAACUUCGUCUUAUCAAACCAGAAGACAUGGAUAUGGAGGAGUACAUGCAAUGGCAAGAUGACUACAGCAUGUUCAAGACUGUGUUUGCGUACCUGCUGACAGGCCUUGAACAAUACCAAAAUGGAAAAAUUCGAGAGGCACUGAUUUAUCUUGCACAUGCUUACCAAGACAAUUCAGCUCUGCUUAAGAGCGGGGAAAAGAGAGGUGUGGACCACAACCUUAUAGGACUUUACAGGAAAAAAUGCCUAAAGGAGCUUAAUGAAAAUGCAGCAACACUUUUUAAAAAUGGAGAAGAGAGCGACGUGGAGGAGGGCGUGGUCAUCUUGAACGACUGCGUCAUCCCCUGCAUGCACCUUAUGGUCAGAGACAGUGUCACGCAGGAGGACAUGGAUGCUAUUGAGGCGAUCAGGAGUCACUGGUGCUCCUACCUGGAACAGGAAAUGAACGAUUCCCAGCAGGAGAAGCUGAGUGAGUUCUUGCCGAGGGUUCUGGACUGCUCUGCUGAAAGGGUGGUGCUGAAAGAGCCACCCAAAGUGAGAAAGUCACCCCACGACCUGUGUAGCCGCUUAGCCGCCGUCAUGGAGUCCAUCUAUAGCACAUCAGUUGUUACAGUGAAGUGAGCAUUGAAGGUGACAUCAUGGUUACCUUCGUAAUGUGCCACGAUUUAGCCACCGAAUCUUGUUAAACGGUCAACCACUGGUUUUCUAAUAUUGUUGCACUAAAUAUAUAGCUGUGUCUUUUUUAUACAUAUUUUUAUCUUGCAUUGGUCAACCCUGACAUGUCACUGGAUACACAGUGAGGUGUUUGCAGAACAAUGGCUCAGUCAUGUCAUGAUGUUUUAAUGUGUCUGAUCUCAGGAAAGAUCGGUCAGAUUAUAUUUUGUCGCACAGAAUACCUUUUCAUUAUGAAAGCCAGGUAUCUGAGAAAAAAAAUGGCAAACUUUUCUCACACACGUGCUAUAGAAUGACAUUGGAGUGAAAAUGGCCCGUAGUCACCAUAGUCAUAAUGUUUCAGAUUGCUAUGCUGGUUUUUCACCUCUCUGUUUCUUUGUUCUAAGUCUGUGCUAACCCUCAAUAAACUUUCUUUUACUUUGUUGUACUAUU